AUGAGAGUCUCAGCAUUAUGCAACUAAAUUAAGCUAUUUAAUUCUUUAAAAAGUUUCAAAACUAGAGAGCUUUAGGAAUAUGUUACAACAAUAUUGCUAAUAUCCACUUCUCUAAUGGAAGAUAUAAUGAAGCCUAUGAUUAUUACUGUUUAUCAGUGGUCUGCUGUAGAUACGAGCUAAAUAUGUACUAAGAAAAUGAAACAACUACUACCAAUAAGCUUGAAGAAAUCCCCUAAAAACUCAGUAUUCACAGCUAAAAAUCUCAUAGUAAAAGCAAAAGAGCAAUCAAGCUAAAUUAGAGAUAAAAACUAAACAAAAAUAUCAAACAGAGUAAGAAAACAAAAAUUUUAUGAUAUAAGUAAGAAUUUAUCAUAAGAUGAUUUUGAUAAAUAUGAUAUACUUUUUACAAGAAAAUUUAAUGGAUUUAAAUGUGCUUUAUUUUUGAUGGUUUAUAACAGAAAGUUAUCAGAUUUUGAUGCACUUCAAGUACUUUUAGAAGAGAUAGAAGAAUUAAAUGAAUUGUAUUACAAUUAAUUAUCAACAAACAAUAAAAAUUAAAUGAUUAUUAAUUUUUAUCACACUUUCAUACACGGACUUAAACAAGAAUAAUAAAAUCUUGAAGUAUUUAUCAAAGAAAAUGAUGAAAUUUACCUUUAGUGUGUCUUACAAGCUUAAGAAGAAAAAAUUUAAGCUACAAAGCUAAAUCAAAAUUUAAAUAAUUUAUAAGUAAUGGUAUUCAGUCAGCCGUAUAACUCUCAUUAAUAAAACUAAAGCAAAGUUUAAGAACAACUUAUCUCAAAUUUAUAGAUUUAAUAGUAGGAAUAUCUUUAUUAACAAUAAGAUAUAGUAAUAUAAGAAUCAACAGAAUAAAAUUUAUACUCUCUUAAUAGAUCAAAUACAACUUUUACUUUGAAUUAAUAUUAAAAAAGACACUCAAAGGUUGAUUAAAUAUCAAAUAGCACAUUGCGAGAUAAGCUUAAUAGUAAGUUUUCAUAAAUUUUUGGUAAGAAAAUAAUCAAAUAAAACGAAAGAUCACCAAAUUAAAAAGGUAGAAACAGCUUAGUAAAUUAUUUAAAAUAGCCUUUGAAUGAUACAAAAUUCUCAAACUAAAAUUUAUUAAAAUCAGAAAAUGAAUACACUCCAAAUACAAAAACAAAGUAUUCUUAAUAAAAUUUUAUUUAAAGCAGGUUAUCUCAAUCAAAUAGCAUAAAAUAAAAUGAUACAAUUAAUGAGAGUAAAAAUAUUCCUUUUCUAUUUUUGAACGUAGAUUUGAUGAUAUAAUACUUUUACUUCAAUUAACUUGGAACUUAUAAUCUAUUUCUUAAAUAAUUCAAGUCAGCAGCUGAAAUUUUCACUAGAGUAUUUGAAGAAUGUAAAAGAAUUAUACCUUACUAAAAGAAUAUUUGCAUAAAGAGAAUCAUUUAAGUCUUUACUGCAUUUAAUUUAACACACCCUCUUUUAGAUUAAAUGUAUAUUUAAUAAAUUAGUGAUUUUUCAUAUAAAAUAACUGUAGUUUACUUUGACCAAACAACUAAAGAAAAAAAUCUAAAUAGUUCACCAAAAAAUAUCUAAAAUAACUUUUCACAUUCAAAUCUUGAUUAUAAGUACAAAGUUAUAGAUUAAAUAUAUGGUUAUGAUGCUAGGUCUUAGAUAUUUGAUUUUUGCUAGAAAAUAAUAUACGAAUUACUUAAGUACAAAGAUGAUCAUUUUGGAUUUAUCUUAACUUCAAUAGACACUAUGAGCAUCUCUUAAAAUAUAGCUACAACUAACUUUGAGUUAAUUAAUAAGAAUAAAGAGAUGUUCAAGUAAGUAUUGUUUGAUUGUCUUUUAGCUGAAUAAGUAAAUAAUAUUGAAAGAAAUAUUUAACCAUAUUUAAUAUAAGACUAUAUUCUUUUAGAUAAUGAAGAAGACUCCUAAGAAAUUACAAUUUAAAAAAAUACAAAAGAAUAAGAAAAAAGUUAACUAAGUGAUUUUUGUUCUCAUUUAUAUGGACUUAAAGAAGUUUAAAAAUUAAAUAUUCCAAUCUCACAAAAGCAAGCAUUUAAAUAAGUAAUAUAAAAAGAGUUAAAAGUUGAUUUGAAUAAAAGUGAUUAAAAAAACUAAAGCAUAAGAAAAAUGUUUUAUUUCAGUAUUAGAAAAGCAAUUUAAGAAUUAGUAAGUAGCAAUGGAGCAAAGGCAUUACAUUUUAAACUAAAUUAAGCACUUCAUAAUAAAAAAAACGAAAAUAAUCACAUUUUUAAAAAGCAUAAUUUGAACAAUAAACUGGAAUUUAUUUAAGAAGCCCUACGAGCAAAUGAAAUGAAAAAAAAGGACUUCAAAAGUGUUAUAGUUUUUAUAACAAAUGACUUUAAUGCUAUUGAUUAGGACGAAGAUUAAUUUAAAAGCAUCAUUAAAUAUUUAAGAAUUUUUGAUAUAGAGCUUUGUAUUUUAUUUUAGAGUGAUGAAUAUUUAAUUGAAGAAAAAACCUAAUUUGAAAAUAUAAUUUAUGAAAAUAAAUAUGUAGUAAACUAUUUUUUCAACUUCAGUAGCCUUCAAGAUUAUCUUAAUACUUGCAGAUGUAGUAAAUACCAUGAUACUAUACCUUAAUUUAUUGAAUACUUUUGA